AUGGCCAAGACAGAUAAGCCCUCUGCCCAGGUAAUCUGCGGCCACAGCCCGGUAGUUGGGCGAUAUGCCGAUAUCUGUACCCCGCCACUGCGGCUCUCUGAUGCAUCUUGCCAAGUUGCAACGGUUUUAGGGGGGGCGCCCGCACUUCUCUGCUUGGAGAGAAAUCUUGUUGACAACGGUCUCGGUUAUGAAUUUGAAAAGCGUGGGCACGGACAGUUCAUUUUAUCACAUAUACAAAAGGAGGCUUACAUCUGCUAUCGAACCCAAAGUGACGUAGAGAUCGACCCAGGCGUAUCAAAAUACAACAUGGCCAUGUUCUUGGCAUACAAGAUGUUUCGGGUUCAAGAAUAA